AGCACAGAGAAAUGUUACAGAGCAACUGAAUAUGAACAUUUCUUUUUUCUUUCAUUUGAACAGGCUUUACUGAGCACGCAGAAUAAGCUGAGAACUUUAGUCCCAAAUUUCACCUUCAACCUGGGCUUCUCAGGGAAAUUCUACCACACAGGUACAGAUGAGGAAGAUGAAGGGGAUGACAUGCUGCUCAAACACAGGAAGGAGUUCUGGUGGUUCCCUCACAUGUGGAGUCACAUGCAGCCUCAUCUUUUCCACAAUGUCACUGUGCUGGCUGAGCAGAUGAAGCUGAACAAACAGUUUGCUGUGGAGCAUGGGAUUCCCACAGACUUGGGCUAUGCUGUAGCCCCCCAUCAUUCUGGGGUUUAUCCUGUCCACACACAACUCUAUGAGGCAUGGAAAUCCGUUUGGAGCAUCCAAGUAACAAGCACAGAGGAAUACCCACACCUACGGCCUGCCCGGUACCGGCGUGGAUUCAUCCAUAAUGGAAUCAUGGUUCUGCCUCGACAGACCUGUGGUCUUUUUACUCACACUAUCUUCUAUAAUGAAUAUCCUGGUGGCUCGAAGGAGUUGGACAAGAGCAUUCGUGGUGGUGAACUCUUCCUGACAGUGCUCCUGAACCCAAUCAGCAUCUUCAUGACCCACCUGUCCAACUAUGGGAAUGACCGCCUGGGACUGUACACUUUUGAGAGCCUGGUCAAGUUUGUGCAGUGCUGGACCAACCUUCGCCUGCAAACACUACCCCCUGUCCAACUUGCAAAAAAGUACUUUGAAAUCUUUCCCCAGGAGAAGAAUCCCUUGUGGCAGAAUCCCUGUGACGAUAAGAGGCACAAGGAUAUCUGGUCCAAAGAGAAAACAUGUGAUCGACUCCCCAAGUUCCUCAUCGUGGGACCUCAGAAAACCGGCACAACAGCUGUGCACUUCUUCUUGACCAUGCAUCCAGCUGUCACCAGUAACUUCCCAAGUCCAACCACCUUUGAGGAGAUCCAGUUUUUUAAUGGACCCAACUAUCAUAAAGGAAUUGAUUGGUACAUGGAAUUCUUUCCCAUCCCCUCCAAUGCCAGCACUGACUUCAUGUUUGAGAAGAGUGCCAAUUACUUUGACACAGAGGUGGUUCCAAAACGUGGUGCAGCCCUGCUUCCUCGAGCCAAAAUCAUUACUGUUCUGAUCAACCCUGCUGACCGAGCCUAUUCGUGGUACCAGCACCAGCGUGCUCACAAUGACCCUGUGGCACUCAAUUACACCUUCUACCAAGUGAUCUCUGCGAAAUCCCAGGCCCCUCAGGAACUGCGCAACCUGCAAAGCCGCUGCCUGCUCCCUGGCUGGUAUUCAAGUCACCUAGAGCGCUGGCUCACGUACUACCCCUCUGGGCAGCUUCUCAUUGUGGAUGGCCAGGAGCUGAGACACAACCCUGCCUCCGUAAUGGACAACAUCCAGAAGUUCUUGGGAGUUACACCACUCUUUAACUACACCCAGGCCCUCAGAUUUGAUGAAGCAAAAGGAUUUUGGUGCCAGCUGCUAGAUGGAGGAAAGACUAAAUGCCUAGGAAAGAGUAAAGGAAGAAAAUACCCUGAUAUGGAUUCCUCGUCACGGCUGUUCCUAAGAGACUUCUACCGGGAGCACAACAUUGAAUUAUCCAAGCUGAUGAACAGACUUGGGCAGCCCUUUCCAACCUGGCUCCGAGAGGAACUGCAGAACUCCAGCUGGAGCUGAGAGGGACUCCCUUGCCCCCAGUGCCAUUGGGAUGUGUGGUGCUCUACCAUGUGCUAUGAUGCCAUCUCUUGUCAAGCCAAAACAACUGGACAAACGAGCAGGAGCAGAGAAUGUGCAUGUGGAGCCUUUCCCCACUAUUACGAAGGGCUGCUGCCUCUGACACUGCCCUGGGGCAUGGAGUGCAAAUCACAUUCUUGAGUAUUAAUGGUGUGUUACACUUUUACUUGCAGGAAGGAUCUGGAAUGCCUGCCCUACUUUGAGCAGGGAGAGAGAGCACGGUUAACACUUUAUGUUUAAAAUUACUCUUCUCGGUAUAUGAAACGGGCACUAGCUGGAGGGUUAACGUGUUACUCCGCUGAGUCCAGAAGUCAAGACUUAAGAGGUGAGCUAUCGAGCCCACUGCUGAGAAAAGAGCAGCAGCUUAAUAAAAGGGGAAUCUAGUCCAAUGAAACCCAGCUUUUAUCCAGUACUCUGCUGGGCAACGACAAGGUACAAGAACACCUUGUUCCUCCCCACACAGAGUGCAGUGGCCAUGAUCGUUACUUACAGUGCCACAGUGUGUGGCCGUUGGGGACUGCACCUUCUUGGAGACAGACAGAAGAUUGCCUCUUCUUACCUGCAGCAUUGUUGGUG